AUGCCUCUUGAGAAAGAUCUCCUGCACCCCUCUCCCAAGGAGGAAAAGUGGAAACACAAGAAGAAGCGUCUGGUGCAGAGUCGGAACUUGUAUUUCAUGGAUGUAAAGUGCCCGGGCCGCUAUAGAAUCACCACUGUCUUCAGCCAUGCACAAACGGUGGUUCUCUGUGUCGGAUGCUCCACUGUACUUUGUCAGCCUACAGGAGGAAAGGCAAGACUUACAGAAGGAUGCUCCUUCAGAAGGAAGCAGCACUAAUGACUGAAUCGAGAUGAAUGAGGAAGUGUAAAGAAUAAAACAAAUUUGGUACAACAAAAAUAAAUAAAUAAAUAAAGUCAAUACAGCCAAACAGCCGGUGAGUUCAAUUUGUCAAAUUGUUUUUAUUCUAUUGGCUAAUUGUCAAAGAAGGGAAUGGAGCACAGGAUCUCCAACUCCUUCCCACUCUCCAACUGAUACCUAUCUUUCUCCCCUUGCGCCAGCUUUAACAUUCUGUGUUCAUAAUUGGCAGAAAUAACUGGUUGUUGAGCAUCAUGGAGACAAACUAUGAUUAAUAGCAACUCACAUCUAUCUGAAUAGAGGAUUAAGGAACUAUAAAAUUUCAAUUUUUCACCUGAAGUCAUACUUUUUUCUCCUUGGCUAAGUGCAUUUAUAGAAAAGUAGAAAUGAGUUCCAUAGGUCUAG